ACGUCGCAGCUCUCAUUGCACCGCACAACUGGGCCCGAACAUGGUGUAUAAUUGGGAUGGCAAAGAAGCCGACUGCUUUAGGUUGUACGUCGAGGAGAAGAAGAGCAUGGACGAGGUGAUUGAGUUCUGGGAACAACGGAAUUUCACGCCAAGCAAACGAGCCUUUCAGACUCAGUUCAAACGAUGGAACUUCCCAAGCAAACAGAACCUUGCGCUGAAGAACUCGGCCCUGAUCGACCGAGUCAAGGAUCUAUGGGAGGCCAACACCACGCAGAAAGAAAUGCUGAGCACGAUGCAGAAUGAGGGGUUUACCAUCAAUGACCGUGAGCUUACCAGGCUGAGGCUAAAAUACGGUUGGAUGCUUCGAGACAACACCUCGCGGAUUCUCAAAAGCAAACAGAAGGGUGCAUCGGCCGACCAGAACCAUGCGAAUGCUGGGAUCGGAAGCGCCGAAAAUGGCGACGAUGCGAGGCAUUCUGAUGCAGAUUCAACCCCUAAAGCGGGACAGGAGGAUCCUGUUCAUGGUCAGGAUUCUAAUGAAGUACCAACAGAAGGCGCAUUGCAAAGCACCAUCGCUGAAUCAGAACCCGCACCACUGGAUCCUGAAGAAGCCCUGCGCAGGCAAGCAAGACGACAGCAGCUUCAAAUCGAAAGCGCCGAGAAAUGGUCGAAUCGCAAACGACGCCGGCGAACGAGAGGAUGGGCCAAUCUACCAGCAGAUGCUCCAGGCGAACCUCCGAGGUUCCCCUCAGAAACGACCAUCGAUGAAAGCAAAGCCUACCUUGGGCUGACUAAUGAUUUGUAUCGCCAGAUUAGAGACCAGUUCCAGGCAUUGUGUAUGGAAGAGGGCAUCUAUAAGAAAACCGUCGCCGGGCCUGAGAAAUGGGGUCGUGUUAAGGAUCGCUUGAUUCGAGAGAAUGCUCAUUUGGCCAGCACCUUUCACAACGACGCCGGAAGCAGACAGCAAGAUGUCUCGAUUCAGGGUACGAGCAACUUCAAGGCCUUGUCUCUCGAUGUUAUCUGCAUGGAUGUUACAAAACGUAUGCGGACGUUCGACUCUAGAAUGGGGAUUCCAGAGGCCAAAACCAUCCUCGGCCUCAAUCCCGAGGAGACUCGACAGAUCAGGAAAGCAUUCCAAGACAAGUUGAGAAAUGACCACUUCACCAACAAGUUCGAAGCUGGUGAGCAGCACUGGGAAGACCUGAAGCAAGCUUGGGUCCAAGACUCUCCCAUUUUAAGAGAUACACUCAGUCCAGGACCAGCCGACGCAAAGCAUGCCGAAAAGGUCAAAGCAGUGGAGGUCUUAGCAAGGGAUGUGAUGAAGCGCUUCCGUGAUUUCAAACAAAGGAAAGAUCCUUCACUGAAGAGCCAGUUACCCUCAGGCCCCGGCCCUGGUCCUGCAAAACCUUCGAUGGUCCCACCCUUAUCCUCAAGACGUUUCCGUCCGACUGAAACCGCCGACAAUAAUGAUCAAGCCGAUGCUGGAUUGUCUACAUUGUCCGAUGCAUCUGCACUUCAGAUCGAUCCCUCCCUCUUACUUGCUGCUAGCAAUCCCUCGCUAAUGGCCAACGCCGAUGCAUCAAACCCGACCAAUGCUCCUCCAAAUCAAAAUCAGUACUUGCUCUCCUCACAGUUCUAUGGCGGUGUACCUUUGCCAAUCUACUUUCGACUACAUCCGCAUUCGACUACUAGCAUGCCUGGGAAGAUGAUCUGGCUAGGAAUCUUGCAGGCUGCAACUGUGCCGGAGAUUCGGACGCUCGCCAUGCGAGAGCAUCCAGGCACCGUUGUGAUGAAGAUCGAAGGACUGAUCGUGCACAAAGCACCUGGGCAAGCUGAUAGAGAGACCUUGAUCACGAUAGAUGACGAUGAUGAGCUGAUUGCGUAUCUGCAACACGUCGCUGGUGGUAAAGCUACAUUUGUGGUACUCCUUGGGAUGGGACAGACGGGUUACGUGUGAGAUGUAGAAAUAUCCAGUACCUCCUGGUACCUGUAUGAUAGGGAACGCAACUUAAAGAAUCCUAUACC